CAGUUCAAUAGCUACUCAUUACGAAAAUUUUUCGUGAAUCAACAAAUGGUAUCGAAAUCGAUCUGGAUUGAUGUCCAUUCAUAUACGGUUUAUUGGAACACGUGAGGCAAAGAGAGAGUGUACCGUUGUAUGAUAAAAUCGACAGUGGAGGCUUAAUAUCUUUAUUCCAGCAUCUAGGCUCCAGUACCGAAAGCUGUGGAUUGAAGAAUGUCGAAAACUAUGCACUCAAUUUCGAGAAAUCGCAACGCUUAUGCAAAAAGAACGUCUGUCGCGCAUCAAUCCACAGGCAAGCAGUCGUCCAGGGAAUAACGGUUGCUCCGAUUUAGGGUAACCCUGGAUAUUAUCAAAACAAUUUUGUAGCAUGGGUAAACCAGUGUCUGGCAGGAUUUUACUCUCUGAAAUCUAUUCAGUUGAUUUUCAGCUCCCGGGAACGCAUGACGUGUUUUAUAACCCGUGUUUGACGUUGUAGGAAUUUUCAAGCAGCUAUUUUAUAAGUAUAUGGCAAUCUGCAUAACGGCUAAAUCCUGUACAAUUUAUUUUUUCCUCGAUCGAUGUAAUUGUGUAAAGUUGCGAGAAAUCAUUGAAAUUAUCAACAGUGCACCAUCUGGUGCAUCAAUUCUAAUAGUACUUACAGCUGAAUUUGCACUGGGCUUUUUGAGGCCGGGGAAAGUGAAAAAAAGUUGACCACCUAACCGACACCAUAAUCAUGCAUUAACCUUGUUAAUAGCUCAUCUUCUCUUGCACCUGACUGGUCUUAUGCUGGAGGACUCGUGUAGUUUUGAUAGACCCGGAGCAGUGUGAAAGGUUUCCGAGUUGUGACCACUGGUGCAGAAAAUUGAAAGGACAAAUACGCAGUCAGGGUGUCCCAGGCAUGUGUGGCUUUAAAAAGUGUGUGGGCAAGUGAAAGGGAAUCAAGUGUGGUGGCGGGAAGUCAACCCAGAAAUACUGCUUGCAGAAAGAAACCAGACCUAACAGUAACGUCUGGGCAAAGUGAAAUAUCAAAUUUUCCAGCGUACCGCUUUGCGUUCGCUUCAGUGGAGUUUAAAUUGAGUUGGGCAUCCUUUUGCUCCCAAUUGCAAUAAAUUUGUGGAUCUUUCUACUCCGCGGUUUGGAUCAACAGAUGCUAAAUUUCUUUGGCAGCUAUGCGGCUUAGAGCGGAAAUGAGAUAAUAGAACCGAAACUUUUACCUUUUGGCUCCCUACGAAGAGCGAAGCAUAAACCACAUCCGCCAAUGCCGGCUAGAAAGGGGCUGCUCGCGCCCCAGAAUACGUUUCUGGAUACAAUAGCGACACGGUUUGACGGAACACAUUCCAACUUUGUUCUUGGCAACGCGCAAGUUAGCGGAUAUCCGAUAGUGUAUUGUUCUGAUGGCUUUGUGGAACUUUCAGGAUUUUCACGAGCGCAAAUUAUGCAGAAAGGAUGUGCUUGUCGGUUUCUCUAUGGCUCGGAGACGAAGGAAGAACAUAAAAGUCAAAUUGAAAGCAGUCUCGAUGGAAAAAAUGAGCUGAAGUUGGAGGUGAUAUUCUAUAAAAAGAAUGGUACGCCGUUUUGGUGUUUGCUGGAUAUUGUACCCAUCAAAAAUGAAAAACGGGAGGUGGUGUUGUUUCUCGCAUCCCACAAGGAUGUUACCACUGCGAAGAUGUCAGAGAUGUCGAUGUCGGAUGAGUGUGAUAGCGACGAUGGGGCAGAGGAUGAUCAUUUGGAAAUUCCCCCGGGCGUCAACAUGGGCAGACGGCGUUCUCGUGCGGUGUUGUAUCAACUAUCUGGACAUUAUAAGCCUGAAAAAAUGAAGACUAAAAUUAAACUAAAUAGUAAUAUAUUACAUUCUAGCGAAGCCCCGCUACCUGAAUACAAAACGCAAGCCUUAAAAAAAUCACGUUUCAUAUUAUCACACUAUGGAAUGUUCAAAGGAUGCUGGGAUUGGAUGAUUCUUGUGGCUACUUUCUACGUUGCCGUUGCUGUACCUUACAACGCCGCAUUUGCUAAAACUGACCGUUUGACUAUGGCAUCCGAUGUUAUCGUUGAGGCUUUAUUUAUUGUUGAUAUUUUAGUGAACUUCCGCACAACGUACGUGUCCCGAAAGGGUGAGGUUGUAUCAGAUUCUAAAAGUAUAGCAGUUAAUUAUCUUAGAGGUUGGUUUGUGGUUGAUCUUCUGGCUGCCCUACCGUUUGAUCAUCUCUAUGCAAGCAAUGUAAUAAGUGGGGAGGAAUCUCACAUUCAUUUAGUCAAAUUAACACGGCUGCUAAGACUGGCACGAUUGCUUCAAAAGAUGGAUAGAUAUUCGCAAUACACAGCUAUGAUUUUAACAUUGUUGAUGCUAUGCUUCUCUUUAGUUGCACACUGGCUGGCUUGUAUUUGGUUUGUGAUAGCAGAGAAAGAAAGACUCGUUAAUGAUGUUGACUGGGACAUUGGUUGGAUCCACAUGUUGGCAGAACGGUUGAAAAUUCCAGUGUCGAACGUAACUCACGGCGAAGCGUACAUAACAUCGUUGUACUUCACGUUUACCAGCCUGACGUCUGUUGGCUUCGGCAACGUGUCUCCCACCACUAUCAGUGAAAAAAUCUUCAGCAUCAUCAUGAUGCUGAUUGGUGCUCUCAUGCAUGCGGUGGUGUUCGGAAACGUGACAGCUAUUAUUCAAAGGAUGUAUUCACGUCGUUCCCUCUACCAGAGCAAGUGGCGUGAUUUGAAAGAUUUCAUUGCACUGCACCAGAUGCCGAAAGAGUUAAAGCAGCGAAUGCAGGACUACUUUCAAACGAUGUGGUCACUGAAUCAUGGAAUCGAUAUAUAUGAGAUUUUAAAAGAAUUCCCAGAGGAACUAAGAGGAGACAUUUCGAUGCAUCUGCAUCGGGAGAUUUUACAGUUACCUAUAUUUGAGUCAGCAUCACAGGGCUGCUUAAAACUGUUAUCACUUCAUAUCAAGGCAAAUUUUUGUGCACCCGGCGAAUAUUUAAUUCAUAAAGGAGAUGCUCUGAGCUACAUUUACUACAUCUGCAAUGGAUCUAUGGAAGUGAUGCAGAACAAUAUGGUGGUUGCUAUCUUAGGGAAAGGUGAUUUAGUUGGUUGUGAUAUAAGCAUACAUUUACUGCAUAGCAGCCAAGGGAAUUCUGGGAAUCAGAGCUCACAGGAUGUUAUUGUGAAGAGCAGUGGGGAUGUCAAAGCCCUCACCUAUUGUGAUUUGAAAAGCAUUCAUAUGUGCGGCCUCGUGGACGUUUUGCGUCUCUAUCCAGAGUAUCAACAGGAAUUUGCCAACGAUAUCCAACAUGAUCUGACUUACAAUUUGCGCGAGGGUUACGAAGCAGAGGACGAAAUGGAAAACAAUGCACCGUGCCUCGCAUUACCGUCCAUUAGUGAAGAUGAUGAAAAUCAGUCUGAUGCAGAGUCCAGUACAUCUCCAUUAAACACAUCGUUAUCUAAAUCACCAGCCCAUAACGCCAGCACUAGUCCAAGACAUGGGAAACUAAUUCACAGUCGCAAUAAAUCUUUGGUUGCCUUGCGGGAGCGUGUCGAACGUCAACGCUCGGUUCAAGUAGCCACCAUGAAUUCGGUAACAGAGAGCAAUAAUUCCAUCGAAGGACUCAACCUGGAGCUACGCGGUAAAGAAAAGUCCCAACCAACAAGAGUGUCAGUUGAACGGUUAGACACCCAAGUUACUACUCUACACAAUGAUGUUGCGGCUUUGAGUAUGGAAGUCCGAAAUGCGAUACAAGCCCUUCAGGAAAUGACUUACUCUACUAUCAACUCCCAGUUCGAUUUAGGACAUUUUCCUCCAGCACGAUCCAUACCUAAUCUGCAGAAUGGUGCUGGUAGUAUGAUGCGGGAAUCUGAAACUGCUCUAGCUCGAAGUAGCUCUCAUCCUCCAGAAAUGUGGUGCAGAGAAAUGAAUGCGUUUGGCGAAGGUCUACCUAGUCCUAAUGGAACUGAAACAUUCUCCGAAAAUAUGUAUAGGCGAAAAUCUAUAUUGUCGCAAAAAUAUUCGGAAGAAAUGUCUUGUUCAACGCAGACUGAAAAUGUGAUUGAUUUUGAAACUUUAGAAAAAGUAGUUUUAGCCCAUCCCCAUCUAGUACUAAAAAUAUUAGGUAUCAACACAGUGUUUAACAAUGUUUCAGAACUUAAAACAUAUCCGUUGAAUACUAUUUCUGAAACGGCCAAUGCUGGUGAGACAAUCGCACCAAAGGUGCACAAAGUAGAAGACAACAAUAAUAAAUCUAACACCAACAAAUUACAUCACGCGGAAGACCAUCUUAGAAAUUAUCCACCAAUUAUUUACAACGCAUUCGACAUUGAAACUAUUGAACAUAACAAUAAUAAUAAUAAUAAUAACAUAUCUUCACUGAAUCCACCACAACAAGGCUCAAUUCCUUUCUUGUUGGCUCGCACAGAUGUCGAAUCGAAGUUGGUUGACGAUAUCAGUUGCUCUGUAUUAAUUGACGAAAAUAUCAACAAGGCAAAGCAAUCUACAGGCAAUCACGUUCUCAAAAGACAGGAACGCGUGCCAGCUAAAAAUCGUUUCUCAGCUGGCGAUGCCGAUAACCUUGAAAAGGGGUUAAAAAAUCUUCCAUCUUCCCGAUCGCUCGGUGGUAGCUGAAAUUAGUUAUAUGACAAAAUACAAUAUCUUAACGAUUAGUGAUGAAUUAUUUAUUCUCAAUUAGAUGGUUAUUUAGUGAAAUUUCUAUUUAUUAUAAAUUAAAUGUAGAAGUCUGUGUAUUUUUAUAAA